ACUAUAUUUGAAAAUUGGUUUGCACUUUGAUCGGAGACAGAGAUGAGCAGAAGGCAUGUGAGCGCUUUUUACACUAAUACGGUCGCGCCGGUAUGUGCGCCGAGACGUCAGGUUAUUAUACCCUUAUCGAGAUGCUUCUCCGUUGGGAGCGUGCGGCGAACUGCGGCGAGUUCGAAGCCGGGCGAGCAGCAUGAGAAUACCAAGACACAAGAUGAGACGAAGGAGGAGGAACAGGGGGCUAUGGCGCGGCGACUGUCGGAUAUGACAGAGCAAGCCAUGCUGGAAGGAGGCCGGUCCGCGCAGAGAAACAUGCAACAGGCGGGGUUCUCGGACGAGUUGAAGCAGCGGCUAGAGGAGAGGGUGGCGGCGGCGGCUUUUAAGAACGAGUAUGCGACCGCGCACUCAAUUGUUGAUAUGCCGUCAAGCGCGGGUCAAGGAACGCGAGACAUCGCAGGCGCUCCGGCAUGGACCGGAACAGAAAACUCCCACGACAUUACGCUACGCAUGUUAGACGACUCCAAGAAGCGCAUACGCACACCAUACAAGAUCCCCCAACCAAAUCCGGUCGACAUGCGAAUAAGCCCGAAGCCCAAAGAGUCCGCCGGAUUGCGUCUAGCGAAAGCCCGAGAGCGCACGGCAACAUACUCCCUGAGCCAGAGCGAGGGUAUAUCAGAGGACGAGCGUGAAGCUAUGCGUCGAGAGAUGCGGGAACGGUUCUCCUCCGGGGCACGACCGAUGCCGGCCACGCUGCAGGGGUUGUCAGCGCUUGCGAACGAGCGGAUCGAGGAUGCGAUGGCGCGCGGUCAGUUUAACAGGAUAAAGAGGGGUAAGGGUGUGAAUACAGAGACGGAUCACCGAGCCAAUAGUCCAUUUAUCGAUACCACCGAGUACUUCAUGAACAAGAUGAUCCAGAAGCAGGAGAUUGUGCCGCCAUGGAUCGAGAAACAACAGGACCUAGCUAGGGAGGUUGAUCGGUUCCGAUCACGUCUGAGGGCAGAGUGGCGGCGACAUGCGGCCCGGCUGAUUGCCAGCGAGGGAGGGUCUCUGGAUAUACAGAUGAGACGGGCUGAUGCGUAUGCCGCGGCGGAGGCUCGACUGGCUGAAAGGGCCAAGAUAGAGCAAGCGUUCCGCGAGAGCGAUAGUGCGAGUAGUUCCGGAGGGCUGGACUCUUCAGACGGAGCUACGCAGAGCUCGGAUAGUACAGUUUCAGGGCCGCAAGAGGAUAAAGAUCCUUUACCCUAUGUUACGCCCCUGCGUGAUCCGCAAUAUAUGAACACAGAGCGCUCGUUUCUUGAACUGACGAUCAAGAACCUCAAUGCUCUUACUCGGACUUACAAUCUUCAGGCUCCUCCGGUGGCACAGAAGCCUUACCUCAAUCUUGAGCGUGAGCUGGCUGCAUGUUAUGCGGAAGUGGCUCCAAGCUUGGCGGAGGAAAUCAAGCGGCGUGCAACUGAACGAGCUCGUCCAAAGAAUUCGGGGCCUCAAGCUGCGAACAUCCUGGAGUCUCUGAGCACAUCGAGUAAGGUGCGUGUAUAUGAGGAGGAUCAGGCCAAGGGCUAUGGGUUCAAAGAAUUCUGGCGUGACCUUUUCUCGAAGAAGGAAUAAACGUUCAGAGAACUUGUAUAUAAUGAAGACGAUGUGCUGUGUAUGAUACUCUACCUGAAUAAUAGAUAUGAGUGAUACCGUUGAGCAAAAGACAAAGACGACUAUCCAUCUUACACGGCAAUCCGCGACGUUCUCCAUUUCAUCUAACAAUAUCCCGCUAUCUAAACCCAACUACCUCAACCAAUACCUAGCAUCGAAG